CCAAAUGCUAACAACAAAGCUAACCGUGUUAGCUAACCGUGUUAGUUUUGUUGUUGCCAUGUUUAAACGUAUAGUUACUUAUAAUCGAAGUAUGAAUGCAAAAACAAUCAGUUUAGAGUCAUGAUUAGUGAGUUUAUGUGAGGUACUAAAAUGCGACUCCGAACAUUUUACACACGUGUUAGAGACAUUUGCCUGGUGCAGUCAAACAAAACUCAAUGCAUAAUUUCCGCUCAUUCUUAUAGUUCACAGAAAGACAAUCGACUAUCCAAGGUGCCCCAAGUACCAACAUGGGAGCCUAUUUCAGAGGAGCAGCUGCCCCCGCCGUCUACUGUCCCACUUGAUCUUGUGGACAAACUGGAGAGAUUGGCCUUGGUUGAUUUCCGAACUAAACAGGGACUGUCCUGUUUGGAGAAAGCCAUUAGAUUUGCUGACCAGCUUCAUGUUGUGGACACUUCAGGAGUUGAGCCAAUGGAUUCUGUUCUAGAAGACAGGGCAUUAUAUUUGAGAAGUGAUGUGGUAACAGAGGGUAACUGUGCUGAUAAACUGCUCGAGCUCUCCAAAACCACAGUAGAGGAAUAUUUUGUAGCACCCCCUGGAAACAUUCCUCUACCAAAAAGAGAGGAGAGGACUGCCAUGCUCAAAGACUCUGAAUUCUAAUGAUUUGUAGAAUCAAAAACUGUAUAUGUCAAUAAAACUGC